AUGUCAACUUCCAGCAGCAGCAACUAUUCCUCCAGCUCUUCUGACGAGGAUUCCAGAGCUUCUGCCGCCAAAUCGAAAGAUAAGACAACUCAUGACAAGGGGGUAAAGCCUAGCGUACCCAGUAAUGAUCGGAGGGUCACUUAUGCUGAGCUUAUGAAGAGAAAAGCCGAGGAUGAUGAGGCAGAGGAUCGUCAGCGUAGAAAGAAUCGAAUCCGGCGCAAAAUACUAGCGGCUAAGGAGAGACGUCGAUUCGUCGAUGGGGUACCUUCUGACUCUGAUACUGACGCUUCCGAAAAGGAAACUACGUGGAUGUUACCAGAGCACAAGAUCACGCCUGACCGGUAUACCAGAAAGUUCCAAAAGACUAUGAAACAAAUUGAAGCUGAAGCUGCAGCAGAAGAAGACUCGGACUCGGACGAUCCUUAUACCCAUCCAAACUUCAUCAAUGGUCCUGAUGGUGAUUCCGAUGAAGAGGAAGAUUCCGAGAAGGACAGCCUUCGUAGUAGACAUCUUAUUUGA